GAAUUUUUUUGUCAAAAAAGAAAUUUUGUUCUGAAUUUGUGCUGUGAAAUUUGCAAAUUUGUUUUCAACGAAAAACUGGGACUUUUUGUGAGGAAUUUGCGAGAAUUUCGUGUCUUGUUACCUGCAGUGUGGAUUGGAUCAUUGGAUUGGUGGAUUUGAAGGAAAACAAGGAUGAAAUUGGAUGAGAACAAGUGUUAAAAUAAACAGUUUUAUUGUUUUAAACUUGAUCUGUGAGAAUCCCCAGAUUUAGCAAGUUAUAUAUAUACAACAUACAAAGAAACAUAUAGGCGUAUAUAUAUAUUUGUGGUCAUCGAAUAAUUAGAAUCGAAAAAGCAAAAAAAAUAGCAAAAUCUUGAGACACCACACCGUGAAGAAGAAAAGUGUCUGAGAAGAAGAAAAACUUUUCAAAAUAUAUCGUAUACAAGCAAAUAUAGGUAUAUAAUAGUGUGUGCGCGAGAUUUUCUUUAAAAGAUAUAUUUUGCGAAAAGAGCGAGAAGUGAAUUUUCUUGUUUUAAUUUUUUUCUUGCUAAAUAAAAACGUCGCGCGCGCAUUCUUUGGCUGAACAACUGAAUUUUCACACAUCAAAACCCCCCCGCGCCCGGCUCAACCCAUCAGUUUCACGUACAGCGAACAAAAGCCCAGAUUUUUGUUGUGCGACCACAGAGGAAGGAAAAAAAGACUUCUAAAAAAAAAGAAAAUUGAAGCGCAUAAGCUUUUUUCAUUUUAUUUCGGCUACUGCACAGCAUUAAACCGGAUAUUUUUCUUCGGCAGUGGUAAUUGAGAAUCAAAAGGACUUGCCAAGUAAAGGAAAAGCAUAAAAACAACAAAAGAAAAGGAAGAUUGAGUGAAAUGGCAGCACCUAAUCCCCAACUUGACGCACAGCUCUCCACGGCCCCCAAAUAUGGGACACUUAUUCCAAAUCGAAUUUUCGUGGGUGGUAUAAGUGGAGACACAACAGAGUCUGAAUUAUGCCGAGUUUUCUCAGCUUAUGGGAAUGUCAAGUCCACGAAAAUUAUUGUUGAUCGUGCAGGUGUGAGCAAAGGUUACGGUUUUGUAACUUUUGAAACAGAACAGGAAGCACAGCGGCUACAAAGUGAUGGCGAAUGCGUUGUGCUGCGUGAUCGCAAAUUGAACAUAGCACCGGCUAUAAAGAAGCAAUCCGUUUGCACAACAAAUGGGGCGAUUUAUUACGCAGCAACACCCCCAACACCAAUGAGCAAUAUGCCUAUCGAUCAAUUUGCCGCUGUGUACCCUCCAGGUGUGCCAACAUUAUAUCCGCCAUCGAUGCCGUACCAACCAUUUUAUCAAUACUAUAGUGUGCCAAUGGUAAAUAACAAUAACCUAAUAAAUGUUCCCACUAUUUGGCCUCAAAACUACCAAGGUAUCUAUCCGUGUUAAAGGGAGAUAGAUCGAGAGAGGGAGAGAGUGCGGGUGAGAGAGAAAAAAAACCAGUGAUAUUUGUAUCAACUUCAAUUAAUUGAUACCCCCGAAAAAUUACGUGUUUGGUCGAACCUUGCACGGUCAUAUUUUUUAGUCAAAGUAAUUUCGAGUGUUUUCUCUGACUCGAAAAAAAAGCAGAAAAGAAAAUUUCGUUGAAAAGCCGCAAACAAUGUGAGCUACGUAAGUGAAUGUUAAAGAAGAAGAUUGAAAAGAAAAAAGGAAACAUGCAUUGUGUGGAGAAUAAGUUUAUUUAUGCGGUCGCACCAAAGAACAAAAGAAAAAAAUGUUAUUAAACAUUUUCUUUCCUAUUCUUCUGAUUAAAAAAAAUAUUCAAAUUAUUGGAUUUAUGUUUGUGUAAAAUGGAAGAGAAAAUUGUUUAUAAAUUUCAUUUUGGAAAUUAUAUAUUAUAAAUAUAUAUAUUUAUAAUCUAGAUAAUAUAAAAUAUACAACAAAGAAAAAGAAUAAAAUUAAGUAAAUUACACAAGAUAAAAAAAAAACACUCAACAUAUAGGAACAUUAUAGAGAGAGAAAAAAGGUGAGAAAACAACUAUUGAAAGCUACAAAUUGUUAAAACAUAUAUAAGCAUACUAUAUACAUUAUGUAUAUAUAAACACGUAUAAGUAUAUUUUAAAAACAAAAAAAAAGAAGAAAAAAAGAAAGUAAUUUACAUAAAACAUAUAUAUUCUAGGAAAAUAUAAACAUAUACAUACUAAAAAAAAUGAAAAAAUACAUAAAUAAUAAAAAAUAAAUAAACAUCCAAAUAUCUAAAAAAAAAAAACGACAUAAACAAUCAGAAUAAUCUGAUAUUAAUUAUACAUAAUAUUUAUCAAAUACUUCUUUUUUCCAGAUUGAAACAUUCUCCUUUUACCCCUCGAUGGUUUAUUUGAAAAAAAAACAAUUUUUACUCUUUUUGUAAAUUUUUCCGUUAAAAAUUGUUUAAUUUUUUAAUUUUGAAAUUUAGAUUUAAAAAAAAACUCAAUAAAAGAACAUACGACUGCACGUACUUGAAGUUCAACUACUGUGGCAAAGAUUUUAUUGGUAAUAAAUAAAAAUAAUAUUAAAAGAGAAGAAAAACUAAAGAUUACCAUCAACUAAAUACAAUUAAAUGUCAAUUUUAAUUAAAAGAAAAAAACAUGUAAAAUUAACUUUUGACAUUAAAUUAUUGCAUAAAAUAUACAAUUAAAUGAAAAUAAAAUGAUAUAUUUCUAACAUGUUUUGUUGCAUGUUAUGGAGGGAAGACGAAAACAAAAAAUUACCCAUUAACUGAAUAUUAUACCAAAAUAAAAGAAAAAGAAAAAGCAAAAUAUAUACAACAAGUUUUAGUUUAAAAAAAAAAAAGAAAAUAGUUAAAACUUCGUCAAAGUAAAACACGCGUGGGGAAGGAAAAGCAAAAAAGGUGAUAAAAUGAGUUAAUAGUGUGGGAUAUAAAGUGUUGGAGGUUUAUUUAUUUUUUCUUCACAUAUUUCUGUUUUAUUUAUUUAUCUUUUGAUACUAAUAAAAAUUAUUUCAUCGAAUAAAUUAAUAAAAGCGAAGGUUUAAACAUAAAAGCAAAGGUAGUUUGGGUAACAAAAAAAAAAGAGAAUUAAACUAAUAUGGUGCCUUUAGCAAAAUAUACGGCGGAAAUAAUUUAUUUUUAUGCUAAUAACCUCGUUCUUUUCACAUAUUUCUCUCGUAUUUUUCGCCUUCUUUGCUCGAAUGUUUUUUAAUUGAGAAUAAAUAAAAUGUAGAAACCUCUCGCAAUUUACAUCCUACAGUAGAAAAUCAUAUUUUUAGAAUUUCCAGAGAAAAAUAUUUUCCUUUCAAUUCUGCUGAACUUGUCAGCAAAGGAGUCUAUUCAGCCAUAUAUGGGGUUGUCUUGGGUCAUGAAAACAAUAUUGAUCCGAAUGAUCUUUUUGAGAAUCACAAAAGGAUAAGAAAUCGCCAAAAGAACUCAACUUUUUCAAUUAGGAUCACGAAGAAAAUAACCAGCAAAUAUUUUAUACAAAAUGCUUACAAAUUGGCCACCAUUACCAAUUUUGUCCCUUUGAAAUAUUUAAAAGGACAAAAUGGGUAAUGGCUGUCAAUUGUUGGGUAUUUUGUAUAAAAUCUUUGCUUUCUAUGUGAUCCCAGUAGAAAAAAAAAUGGGGAGUUUCUUUGAAUAUUUCUCAUUAUUCUUUGUUUCUCUACCUGAUUAUGCAAGUUGAUAUUGUUUUCUCGGCCCAGGACAACUCCCAAAUGUAGAUGAAUAAACUCCUUUUGUUAAUUCCGUGAUGGUUCUUUUUACUUCCGUUUUAUUUAAUUGUUUUUUACUUUGAGAUAUGUACCUAAAUAUCUAAAUAACGACCUAUUAAACAAUACUAAAAAAAAAAUCUUAGGAUGAAUUCUAAAUUGUGGACUUCAAUAGUGAAACUAGGAAGAACUAGCUAGUUUGAAUUGAAAAUUCCGGUGAAUAAAAUGGAUCAAAUAUAUCAAAAUUAAUUUGUUUUUAAUACAAGUUUUGCUCUAAUAAUGUUUUUCUUUUUUUUUCUCAGGUUAUAUAGUAUCAAGAACUCAAAAUGCGUGUUGUUAGUUCAGCGUCUACUUUAAUUCUAAAGGUUUUAACCCAAGGGGUUAAUAAAUUCACAUUUACAUGACAGUUUAAAAAACAACUUCAUUUAAUUUCCAAAAAAAGUUAAAUUUAAACUUCUAAUUUCGAUAAAACAAAGUUAAAUUAUUUCAAAGAAUAGGGGUUGUUAAUAUUUUUUUUUAACCUAAUUCCACCCCUCAGGUCCUUAGCUCGUAGAGCCGAUUUCGGACCCAGGUAUUGCCUUAAUGGCAACAUAGCUUACUAGUACAUUAACACAAGUACACUAGCAGAAAAAACAUUAGAAGUAAUUUAAAAAAAAAACUUUCAUUUGAAAAAUAUAAAUUUUUGCUUUGAAAUAUUAGAUCCAUUUUAGACUCUAUUGAGAAAAUGAAAAUGAGUUUUUCUUACAGAACUCACCACAUGUUGUAUUUCAGACUAAAUACAAAAUAAAAUUUAUUUUACAGGCUGCAUUAAUAUCUUAUUGAUGCAGUGUGUGUAUAUUUGGAAUAUCGAUUAGGAAGCUCUAAAAUAGAGAAGAACAAAAAAAUCCCCUACAAACUUUAAAGAAAAUAUCAAAAAGAAAAUUAUUUAAUACAUCUUAAUGGACAAAAAAAAGCUAAACUAUAUUUAGUCUUAAAGCAAAUAAAUAAAUUUAUUAUUAAUAGUAAAGACCUCUCAAAUCAUUACCUUAAUUUUCAAUUUCUUACAUUUAAACACACACAAAUGAAAUUCUUCACUGAGAUGAAAUUUAUCUCAAUGAUUGAAAUUGCAAAAAAAAACAUAUUUACCAUGAAAUAUAUACAUUAAAAAUAUAUAUAAUGAAAAAAAAAUAUUUCUAUCAAUAAAAAAAGUCAAACUAUAUAGAUAAAAAACAGAUGAGAAAAAAAAGAAAAAUAUAUUAUAAAUAGAAUGAAAGAAAAAAUGAAAUAAUAAAUGAAAAAAAAAAAGUGAAAGAGAAUGUUAAAUACCAAAACACAUUUCAGAAAGUUUUUAGAUUUAAAAGCAAUACAAGUCUCGUGAAUAAAUAUAUUUCAAAACAGAAAUAUAGAAAAAAAACAAAAUGGACGACAGAUGGUGGUUUUUUGAAAUAAAAAAAAAAUAACUUGGUGAUAUUUUGAAAUAUAAAAUAUAUUGAUGAAAAAUAAAAACAAUUCAUAGUAAAUAGUGAAGUAGGUAUAUUAUAUUAAAUGAAAAUAAUAUAUUAAAUAGGAAAAAAAGAGAAACAAGAAGUAAUAUAAAAUGCAAUGUUAAUUUAUCAAUACACCUUUAGCUCAUUUUUUUUUUUUAAAUUGUACAUUAUCUAUUUUAUUUCUUAAUUCUUAUACGUAAUAAAUUAUUAAAGAUUACAUUGUGUCAUUAUCUCCUUAUAUAUUAUUUCUGUUAUUAAUAUACCCAACUGUGUGAAAAACAAUCGCCAGUUUAGAGAAAUGUUUUAUUGAAAAAAAAAAUGGAGAAGAAGCAAAAAAACAUUGUUUGCAAAGAGAUGAAGUUUUUUUGUUUUUGAGUUUUUAACUUGCUGAAUUGAUCAUACAAACACAACUCAUUGGUAAAAGAAAAUAAUAUAUAAUAUAAUUUAAUGAAAUGACAAUAAUUUAGUAAGAUAUAUAAAGAAAAAAAAAGAAGAGAAGUUGAAAAAAUCGCAACUAUAAAAAAAAUAACAACUAAGAAGUCACUAAAAAUGAGAUUAUUUUAUUCCUCCCCUAUGUAUUUAACUUUAUCUCUAUAACACUAUUAAAGUAAAAUUAAAAAAAAAAUGAUGUCGAUCGCAUGUCUUUGGUGUGGAUUUUAUUGUUAGGAGGAAGAAAACCAAGUAAAAAAUAUUAAUUAAAUAAAAAGAAAUCAUUUUGGAUUUUCUUUCAUUUAAUAGAGAGAUAGAAAAAGAAAGAAAGCAUAAUGGACAUGAACUGCCAAAAUACGUAGAUGAAAAAUAAACAAAACAAAAGCAUCUCCGGAAAGACUUGAUCAUUUAUUAUUAUGUACAUUUUUCUUCACUAAUUAAAUAUUAUAUUAUUUCUUUCAUUAUAAAUUCUUUUAAUCGUGUAAUAUAUAAUUUAUCAUCUGUUGAAGGAAAUCUAAUUUAUUUUGAGCGAGAAAUAAAAAAAAGCAAAAGAAAUAAAAUUAGAGAACAAUAAUUAGGCGGAAAAAUGACUUGAUUAGUAAUAAAUUAAAAGAAAUAUUAGUUUAUAUUUAGUGCAUGCAUAAAAUAUACAAUUAAAUGAAAGAAAAAAAUAUAGACAUGGUUUCAUAUUGUUUUUAAAAAAAAACUUAGUUUUUCAUAUUAAUAAAUUAUAUUGAAAAGGAAUAAAAAAAUGGAAAAAAGUCUAGAUGUCGAUAUCAAAUUAUAUAACUUUUUAUAAUCAAAGAAAAAUGUCUCAACAAGUGCAGAGAAAUCAAAGCACAUACAAAUUAUAUAUAUUACAAGAAAAAGUAUAUUUAGAUGCGUAAGAAAAUAUAAAAUGAAAAAAAUUACUAGCAAAUAUUUAUAAAGAAAAAAAAGAAAAAUAAUUGUAAUAAAACAUUAUUAUACUAUUUAGCGGUUGUGGCAUCAGGAAAUGAAAAAUACUCCGCGUGAGAAGUUUUUCUUUUGAUUUUUCCUUGGAAAAUUAUGAACACUUUAAAAAAAAUUAAUGGGUUUUUUUGGAAAUGAAUUUCAAUUGAAGUUUAGAUUUUAUGGAGCUUUUAUUGAUUUUAAUAACUUUGGGAUUUUUCCUGAUUUUUCCAGAGAUUAAUGAUAAGGUGUUUGAUCAAAUAAAACAUAGGGGAGAGCGGGGCUAAUAAAGUCACUUAAGGGUUUGGAAAAGGCUUAAAAUAUCAUAUUUCCUAUCUAGAUAGAACAAAAUGAUCUUAGAAAGAGUUGUAGGGCAAGAAAUAUCCUAAAGAAUUGGACUAUACAUUUCGCUUUAUCUAUUUGGGAAAUAUGAUAUUUUGAGCCUUUUCUAAACCCUUAAGUGACUUUUUUAACCCCGCUCUCCCCUAAUCAUUACCAAAGAUUUUGGCGUAAUAUCACACUUUCUUUAAGAGAAAGCCCCUCAAAAGUUCUUAAGCCAUUCAGUCACGUAAACAAGUUUCAAUCAAAAUUUUGGAAAGACUUCAAAACAUUUUUUUUUAAAUAAUUUCCCGCAGUAUUUAUACUUAACCCUUUAAGGACUUAGAAGUGAUUUUUGAAAUGUAUUUCUUGAUAAUAUUUUUCAAUAACUUCUUUGUCAUUUUAAAGCUAAAGGAUCACCUUUCAAGACUAUUUUUUGGAUUCGUCUAACAUAUUUAUUUAUAAUCAAUUUUUAGGUUAAACCAGAUAGACCUUAAAGAUCAAAUUGUUAGAUUUUAUUAAUAGUUUUUUUUUAAAUCAACAAACGGUUAGAAAUGAAAAUCUCAAUUAACCCUUUCGUGUCCGUUUGGGUGAUAUGUUGGUCGAACGUGAAACAUUCUUCCAAAUACUAAAUACGUAAGUUUACGGAGAAAAGCCCAUAGAAGACUUUUCGACUGAGAAAUGUCUUCUGAAAACAUUCGCAAAAUAAAUCGUGAUGAAAACACCACAUGUUUCAAUAUUCUAAUGUUUCAUUGUAAAAGCGAAAGGUUUAAAACAUCAAGGGUUAUGAAAUGUUUCAAUAAAUGUCAAAAUAUGGAACAGAACUGACAAAUAUGUUUUAGAAUAAACAUCAAACGUUAGAAUUGCACGAAAGAAAUGUCAAAAGCAGCUCAUUUCUAUUACAACCGCCGUUAAUUUGAUUUAGUGGCUUUAAUCUUCAUAAAAUUUAACGUUUUAUCGUUUUUCUUCCUGGAGGAUUUUUCUGACCACUGUGGCCAAUUAGAUGUUUUUUAAUUCGUCAGAAAAUUAAAAUCUAUUUAACAUUUUUGCGAUUAGGUAAUAUCAAUUGCUUCAAUUUCGCCGAAAGAAAACUUGGGAAAACAUUUUCUUUGUGAGAAAAAUUAAGAUUAAAGUUUUGAGGUUAGAAUCAUCGAUCCUCCAAGGGUUAAAUUAAAGAAAAUUGUUUUUGAAAUUGCUCACAUUUGCCUGCGGAGACUCGGGUUGUUGAGAAAUCUCAAUUAAAAUUGCUUUUUUUUUCUCAGGCAAUGCUAAAUUAUUAGAAAUUGAAGAAAAGAUAUCAUUUCAAUUCUAAGUCAGCGUACGAAUGAUCCCUGAAUGGAUUAACCAAAGGAUAUUUUUUUUUCAAAGGCAUAAGAUUUAAACUUCAAUUUUGCAUUUUCAAAAUGUAAAAUAAACCUAUCCCAUUGAUCUCAAGAAUAAAAGAAUUCAAAAAGAAAUCCUUAAAGUGUUCGCACAAUGCGGUUUUUUUUAAAUAAUGAAUUGAAUGAAAAGCAUUUUCAAAGAAUGUUGUAUUAAAAAAACGUCUUUUUGUUGAGAUAUUGUUGUGAGACUGGUUGAUGGAUAUACCUACGAAGAUAAAAAAAAAAUCCUUUACAGAGUAAGAUUAAUUAAAUAAAAUUAAAUAAUAAAAAAUGACACCUGAGAUAUUAAAUCCAAACUUUUCCUUAUCACCUUCCAAUAGAACUCGCAAUUCUCUUGUAAAGUACAUUGAGUACAUUGUUCUCCACGGCCUAAGGAAACUUUUUAAUAAGAGCGUGUUGAAGACUUCAGAUGAUAUUAAAGAAGAAGAAAAAUAAAACGAAGAAGUGAGAGAUGUUAAAGAUUUGUUGAUCAAUAUAAAAGUAAAUUUGAAAACUUUUUCAUGAGAGCAAUAAUAUUAGUAGAAAAAAAAUGAAGAAGUUAAAGACAGAGAAAAUGAGGAUUUUUCCUAUUGGAAUUUGGAGUUAAGGAAAAUUUGGAUUUAGAUCGACUUUUUUCUGUAUUAAUGUAAUAAGACACCAAUUCGAGAUAUAACGAAGAUGGUUUAAUACUUAACGACUAAAAAAAAUGAUAUUAAAAUGAAAUAAUGGACGAUUUAGGUAAGAAAACAAAAAAAAACUUGUUAUCAUUUCACUUUCUGAAAUGAUUAUAUUGUUAUAUACAUAUUUAAAUAUUAAAUAAAGAAAAGAAAACUAAACACAAUUUUUUGGAGCCAAUCAGAGAAGAAUAAAAAAAAACAAUUUGUCUGGAACAUUUCAAUUUUUUUAUUCAAAAUUUAAAAAUUUAGGAAAAGAAAAACGAGAUUAAGAUAAAAAACAUGGAUGAGAAAAUCCAAUUAUUGAAAGAAUGAUAAAAAAUAUACAUUGAACUGUGGAGACAUCUAUAUAUUGUAAAAGAAUAAAAAAAAGUAUAACUUUUAUUCAUAUAUGUGAUAGACUAAACAAAUAAAAUAUAUAUUAUAUUAAACAAAAAGAAUGUAAUAAGGAAAUAUAAAAAAAGGAAACUAUUCAUAAAGGAAUAUUCUUUAAAAAAAACGCAAAAUUAUAUUAUAAAAAAAAAUAAUAUACAAUUAUUAACAAUAAAUAGCAAGAGAUGGCGGGAUAAAAAAAAACGAUUAUUAAUUAGUAAAAUUAAAAGAAAAAAAGUAAAUAAUUUUAGCGAAAUGAAACCACAAAAUUCUUCCUCCCUCAAAAUGGUCUUAGAAUGUCAUUAUAACGUUAAAAAAGACACAAUUUUUGAAAAUAUUUAAGUAUCAUAAUUUAAAAAAAUUAACAAAAAAACAUGAUCAAAAGAUUGGAUUUUGUUUUUGAAUUUUUUUUAGAUGAAAACCACCCUGCUCAUUAAAAAUAAAACCGGAAUUUGCAAUGUGUCAGACAGUUAGCACAGAAAUAAAAAAUAUUCUAAUUACAAAAAGAAAUAAAACAAGGAAAAUAAAAUGUACUUAAUAGCCCCCUGUCUAAAUUAAUUCGCAGACCAUUACGGGAUAAAAAAAUAUUGUAUUGAAAGAAAAGAGAAGAAAGAAUAAAAAGAGAACACUGUAAAGAUAGAAAACCUUUAUAGGAAUAAAUAAAUUUAAAUGAAAAAAAAAAAAAGUUAAAUAGUUAAGAACAACAUGAAAGGCUGUAAUUUUAAGUGAAAAAAAAAACUAAUAUAAAAAAUACAAGUGAAAACGAGUAAUAAAACAAAAUUUUAACUUUAGGUAAUGUAAUAUUAUAUUAAUAAAAAUAAAUUAAUUGUAAGUCAUGAAGAA